AUGGUCCACCUGCAACCAAAUCUGAUGCCCAAGUGCCCAAAAUUUUCAUCACCACCAAACCCUUUUCAUGCACAUUCAACUCCUCAAAAUCACAUUAUUUCUUCAGUUCGUCCCAUACACCAAUAUAGUCCACAGCCACACCAUGAUCAAUUGCUUCCCAAGGCAUCCCUUGAAUUUUCAUCACUCUGUAAUAGGCAACACUGGGUCAACCAACCUUCCUUUAACUCAGGGACACCAAGUAAUGUUCAUACUGAUAUCCACAAGGGAAGGUCAUGGACUGAGGAAGAACACAGGUUAUUUCUGAUUGGAUUGCAAAGAUAUGGGAAGGGAAAUUGGAAGAACAUUUCUGAAAAUGUUGUGAAGACAAGGACUCCAGUUCAGAUUGCCAGCCAUGCUCAGAAGUUCUUUAAUCACCAAAUCAACAAAGGGAACAAAAAGAGAAGAAGAAGAAGCAUCCAUGAUAUCACCAAUCCUGAUGUUCAAACCCAAUGUCAGCAUCAAAAUCAUUUUGUUCCUUCAAGUCAUGCAAUGAAUCAAUCUUAUUACAACCCACAGAAUCCCCCAAAUGCUGUUCAAUCUCUUCAAUUUGUAAACCCAAACGGCAGAUUUCUUGUGUAA